AUGCUCAAGCUUACCUUCACCCCUUUCAACUCCCUCGAGAUAGCCAAAGAAUUCGAAAUUCAAUCGGCCGUUGGCGACACCCAGGCUUGGCUUAUCAAGGCCGAAACAAAGCUACUGGCUUUUGAACAAAAAGCGCAAGACGCUGAGGCUAAACUUGCGGCCAGCGAAUCAGGUGCAGCACUGUGCGAAUCACUGAAAAAAGAACUGAAGGAGAAGAAUCUGCUUGUUGGGAAGCUUUGGCAUGAAGCGGUCAUACUGAACAAGCAUCUGACUGAGGCUCUUCGUUGA